AUGGACACGCCGGAUAGGCCCCGCGCCGCCGCCGCCGGUUUCGAGGAUUCUCCUGUCUUCAAUUUCAUCAACAAUCUCUCUCCUAUACCACCGCCUAAACCUUUAGACACAGCACAUAAUGUGCAGCUAUUCAAGUCAUCAGAUUUGGCGCCUGUUUCUUCGAUCUUUGACUCACCACAUGCCUUGCCACAGCAUUUACGUGGCAUGCGUAGGCGCAGCGAAAAGGCUGGGGUUAGUAAUAAAGGUGUAGACAAAGCUUCAGAUCAUCAUCCUGUAAAUUCAACUACCCCCAAAUGCAAAACUAUUUCUGGUGACAACUCAAAGCCUCUAAGAACCCCUCCACGUGCAUUGCCUGGUAUUGGCUUGCACUUGAAUGCCCUUGCUGCAAUACCUAAAGAGAAAAUAGAUAUUCAGUCUACUAUAAAUGAAUUGAGUAACUUGAUAGGUCCUUCUGGAUCUUCUCCAGCACCUUCUGAGCAAAUCAAUAUAAAUGAUGAUUUCAAUCAAACAACUGAUGUUGCAACUGCUGAAGCUUCUAGUCAGGGUAGUCCCAAGAAGAAAAGGCAGAAGUUUGAUAAUGGUGAUGGCACUUCAUGCAAGCGUUGUAGUUGUAAGAAGUCAAAAUGCCUGAAACUUUACUGUGAGUGUUUUGCCGCUGGAGUCUAUUGUUCUGAGCCUUGUUCGUGUAUCGGCUGUCUGAACAACCAAAGUCAUACAGAAACAGUUCUAUCUACACGGCAACAGAUUGAAUCUCGCAAUCCAUUAGCAUUUGCUCCAAAAGUAAUUCAUACAUCUGAGCCUGGUCUGGAAUUAGGGGACUUCUCCAAUAAAACUCCUGCUUCAGCUCGUCACAAAAGAGGAUGCAAUUGCAAGAAGUCGUCGUGUCUAAAAAAAUACUGUGAAUGUUUUCAGGGUGGCGUGGGAUGCUCCAUAAGUUGCAGAUGCGAGGGCUGUAAGAAUGCUUUUGGAAAACGGGAGGGGGCUGCUGUGUUAGGCAUAGAGGAACCUAAGCAGGGAUUGGAAGAAAAGAAUGUUUGUGUGAAAGAAGAAAAAAGUGAAAUCGAUAAACAGCUUGUCAUCUACCAAACUACUGAUGCUGCUCCUGCUGAGAAUGUACUGACCACACCUUCCAUGGUGGAGUGCAGCAGAAGGCCAGGCCCAGGUCGAAACGGAACCAAACCGGAUCCAAGGAGGAAACAGCCGAUCACAGCCGUCCCAGCAGCGAGCGCGAAUCUCAAAGCACCCCUAACCCCCAUUCCAUUUCACCCGUUGGCUUUCCUUCCCUCGUGCCCUCCCUCUCCCCUUCCGACCGCACCUCGCACCCCCUCACGCGCUCGCCUUCGCUUCGUCGCCACGGCGAGCCCCACCACGCCGCCCGAGCCGCCGAUCGGGGCGCCGCCAGCUGCGGCGGCGGCGGCGGCGCCCGAUCCGAUGGAGGCGGAGGUGGGGGCGCCGAAUCUCCCGCUGCCGGAGCCCGCCGGAUCGGAGCCCGACGACGCGCGCCUCUCCCCGCCUCCUCCUGCUCCUGCUCCUGCUCCGCCUCCUCCUCCUCCGCCCCCGCCACCUCCCGCCCCGGUCCUGCCCCCGACCCCCGCCGCCGAGGCUGCCGCUCCCACCGCCUCCGCGGCCGUCUCGCCACCGGCUCCAGCGCCGGCGCCGGCGCCGGCGGAGGCCAACGGCAACUCCGACAGGAAGAGGAGGAGGAAGGCGGAGGACGGGGACGGGUGCAAGACCUGCAGCUGCAAGAAGUCCAGGUGCAUGAAGCUUUAUUGUGUGUGCUUUGCUUCUGGGUCACAUUGUACUGAGUCAUGUGGAUGCGAACCUUGUGAAAACAAGCAACCACUGCAAGUUGCUCCACGAACUGCACCGGUUUUACCUCUGAAACCUGUCCAAACAUCAGAAGCUGGUCAAGACAUAGUGGAACAAGUCAUAAGGUCCCCUAUGGAUCUUAUUAGAAGAAAAUGCACCUGCAAGAAGUCAGGCUGCCUUAAAAAGUACUGUGACUGCUACCAGGAGGGGCAGGAUGCUCCAUCAACUGUAAAUGCGAUGAUUGUAGAAACCCAUUUGGGAGAAAAAGGAUUUAGGCAGAUGAUCAAAGGCUCUUCUGAAAGUCUCAGCAGGCCUGCACUACCCCUUUUCCUAUCUGUAGGAACAGAGGCUGUUCUGUUGGAAGGAACUGUGUGGUCACGGGACCAAUUGAGAAGGGCAUGGGCGAGGAGUGGCAUGGGUGUUCUCUGCGGGAGUGUCACGGGCCCAGGAGAGCUGCACAGGUGCCCUUGUCGUCGUGGGAAGGCACAGGUUUUGAUGCUUUACGUGGGAGCCGCAGGGUCUAGCAGCGGAGGCGAUGCUCUAUGCGCGAAUGGAGCUGGCGGCGCCAGAUAUGAUUUCAAUGUGCAAUUUGAACCUGUUCCUGAUACUAAGAUAUUUCUCAUUCUUAUUCUGCAGUUGGCGUUAUUUUGGAUGGAAAGAAAUGGGACUGAAGUUGACUCAAGCGACGACGAAGAUGACUUCUACAUCAGCAGACAACUCUCCCCAAUCCCUCCGUCUCCAGUGUCCAGGGAGUCUUCAUUCCAACAGGAGACUCUAGUCGGCGUCGAAGUCCAGACCAUGAACGGACACCUGUACCCUAAACCACUGGCUCAGGUGCGUCCCGAGCCAUCCUCCUGGCAGCCCUCCAGGAGGCCAGUCGAGGAACCGCGCGGAGAAAUAUGGCGCUUCUCCAGGAGGCCCAGCGAGGACGGGACCUCCGAUGCUAUGGAAGCCCAUGCCAUCGCCCCGAGAGAGAGCAAGAAGCCAGAGAUCCAUGGGGACAACAGGUUCAGCAUCCCGCGGUGCAUCGAGGUGAUGAGCGCCAUGGCGGAGCUGUCGCCGGUCGAGAAGUCGCUGGCGCCCGACGUCUUCUUGGACGCGAGCAACCGGGAGAUUUUCCUCUCGCUGAGUGUAGAUAUUAGGCCAAUGUGGCUGAGGCUGCUUGAUGCCACUGAUCUGUUGACAUUCUCAUUUGUACAAUGGGAGUUCCUGGUGCCAUGUCCUGAUAUUAUCCAUGUUAUGUGGCAUUGUGCCAUUGUCAAAGAGUGCCCAGAUUCAUGGAACCUCACACUGCAACCCUGUUGGAGGGCGAUGCAUCAGUUGAUGUUCAUUCAUGCCCAUGAGGUGAGGUUGCCCGGUGGCAAGGCCAGAGAGGAGAUGAUGUGUCCCGUGUCCCCUGAACAGUGGCAGCAACGUGCUGUGGCAACGCAAACAGCUCAGACGACGGGAACAACACGGGGGCAGGUGUGUGCCAAUCAGGCCUUACGCAUGCAGAUGCAUGUCCCUGUCCCAAAGAGACAAACCUGGGAGCAUGUGAGCCAUGGGCGCCACCAAGCAGCACCAAGCAGAUGGGGUGCCGCCGUGCCGGGCUGCCGGCGCCGGGCCGGCCUCACCAACCAGGCGGCGGAAUGA